CCACCUUCAUCCUUCAACUUUUGUUCUUCUCUUUUCUUAGUUGCUACCUUUCCCUGUUCUUCCCCUGCAUUCUCGUCGCUCGUGCUUUUUAGGUCGCAACUACAAAGUUGAUCAUCUGCUUGGGAAGGCCGUCCUAUUUUUUUUGUAAAACAAGAAAAAAUCGGUUGCUGCUAUUUAUGCACACCAUUGGCAGCUGCCAUCUGCCGUUCCACUCGUUCAAAGCCAUCUUCUUGCAUCAAGCGCCACCAUGUCAACGCCCCACAUCGGCAGCGCGAGCCCAGCGACCACGGCCGCGGCGGCGGCGGAGACGAGCAAACACUGGACGCCGCACGGUCCGAUGCUGACGGCCUGCCUCGUCAGUAUUAACCUGCUAAUGAUCCUCCUUAUAUUCUUCUACUUCUGGCGGUUCUUCUCCGGGAAGCAAGGGCCGUCGUCCCCCGGCGGCGCCGACGAGACGGGAUCGUCGACCGACUCGUCUCCGGCCACCUCGCCGAGAGCAUCGAGGCGCCUGCGCGACCCCGACCAGCCGGACAUCCCGUCUUCCCUGCCCGUGUCCGUGUUCGACUCCAGCAACGAAGCCGCCGGGAAGGCGGCGGCGGACUGUGCGGUGUGCAUCGUGGAGUUCCGCGACGGCGACCUGGCGCGCCUCCUCCCUCGCUGUGGGCACCGGUUCCACGCCGCCUGCGUGGAUGCGUGGCUGCAUCUACACUCCACGUGCCCGCUCUGCCGCGCCAGCGUGGUCGCCCCUGCGCCCGCCGCCGCCGAGCCCAAGAACGACCCAAAGGACGACGGCGCAGACUGCCCGGUGUGAGCAGGGCGGAUCUGCCCGCACCGGCGAGGCCGUGAGCUACCAAAGCCAAGCCAGAGGAGCACGUAAACGGCGGAAGGCGACACGCAUCUUUCGGCUGCGUCGGUGCGUCGCUAUCCCUUAGCUGACUCCUGCGGGUCGGCGAGCUACGGCUGGCUUGGUUCGUCGUCUCUUGUUUUGUUGUUUUCUUGUGUUAUACAUAUCUCUCUCUCUCUCGCUCUCUUCAGUUUUGGUGAUCGGUGAGAUGCAUAUUUGGAUCGGAGUCUUCUUCUAUAUGAUGAUGAUGAUGCGCGUAUGAUUGAAAUUGUAAGAUUAGCAACAUAUAUAUUAGAUUGGACUUGCGUGUGAGUGUGUGCGUAAAGUUAGUAGUGUGAGAUCGUACAUAUGUAAAUUAUUAAUGGAAAGCUUUGAUCGACA